AUUCACAAGUUUGGUAGGAAAGAAAUAUAUAAAGUGUAUACAACUCCUUACAGUAGCUUUGUCAAUGUAUAUUGAAUUAUCCUUUAUUAUUUUUUAAACGAUAAAACAAAUAUAUUUAUAAUUGUGUGAAAUACUUUAAUAAUAUCCUUCAUCUUUUAACUUUCUUUCUCAGAGAAAUUAAAAUGCCAGAGGGAACAAUGGACAGUGGACGCAUUAUGAAGAUGGAAGUGGAUUAUAGUACCAAUUGUGAUACCAAGAUUCCCGAAUGUAAAAAGCUAGCUCGAGAAGGAAAGCUACAUGAUGCCUUAGAUCAAUUAUUAGCAUUAGAGAAACUUACCAGAACUGGAGCUGAUAUGGCAUCGACAUCUCGUGUACUCGUUGCUAUAUGUGAAAUUUGUUUGGAAGCAAAAAAUUGGGCUGCGCUCAAUGAGCACAUAGUUCUUUUAUCAAAGAGGCGUUCUCAAUUAAAACAAGCCGUUACAAAAAUGGUUCAAGAAUGUUGUACUUAUGUAGAUAAAACUCCAGAUAAGGAAACUAUGGUUAAAUUAAUUGAAACUUUGCGCUCAGUAACAGAAGGAAAAAUUUAUGUGGAAGUAGAAAGAGCAAGACUCACGCAUCGAUUAGCCAAAAUAAAAGAGGAAGAUGGUGAUAUAAAUGGAGCUGCUGCCGUAAUGCUUGAAUUACAGGUGGAAACGUAUGGCAGUAUGUCGCGUCGUGAAAAGGCUUCUCUUAUUUUAGAACAAAUGCGUUUGUGCUUAGCAAAGAAAGAUUUCAUGCGAACGCAAAUAAUAGCCAAGAAAAUUAAUGUGAAAUUUUUCAGCGAUGAAAAUGACGAGGAGACACAAACAUUGAAGUUAAAAUAUUACGAUUUAAUGAUGGAAUUAUCUCGACACGAAGGAUGGCAUUUAGAAUUAUGUCGUCAUAAUCGAGCUGUACUCGAAACACCAGCCGUUAGAGAAGAUCCAGAAAAAAGACAUACUGCAUUAUCACGUGCAGUGCUUUACCUUAUACUUGCUCCACAUGAACCAGAACAAGCAGACUUGACUCAUAGAUUGCUAGCUGAUAAAAUGCUAGAUGAAAUACCUAUAUACAAAGAACUUUUACGUCUUUUCGUAAAUCCAGAAUUAAUAAAGUGGUCUGGUCUUUGUGAAAUUUAUGAGAGAGAACUCAGAGCAACAGAAGUAUUUUCUGCAUUAACAGAAGAAGGUCGCAAACGUUGGGCUGAUUUGCGUAAUCGUGUUGUCGAACAUAAUAUUAGAAUUAUGGCAAAAUAUUACACCAAAAUUACAUUGACUCGUAUGGCAGAGUUAUUGGAUCUUCCUGUUGAGGAAACCGAGUCAUGUUUAUGCAAUUUAGUAGAAACCGGUGUAAUUAAUGCACGUACUGAUCGUCCCGCUGGUGUAGUACGUUUCACAGGAAGCCAAGAACCAGCAGCUCUAUUAGAUACAUGGGCAGCUUCUCUAUCAAAAUUAAUGAGCCUUGUAAAUCACACAACUCACUUGAUCCAUCAGGAGGAAAUGCUCGCUGUUGCACAAUCAUAAAACAUUGAGUGAUAUAUUUGAAUCUUAUGAAUGUGUAUCGUUCGAUGUAUUUAUUGUGCCACAGAUAAAAUUUUAUACACUAUUGAA